AUGGAACCAAAUGCGCAACGCUUAAAUUCGAUUUGGCUUCAAGGCAGAGCUCCCGGAAACGACAUCCAGGUGGAACUUCGAGGCUGCUCGCAGUUCCAUGCCGAGAUCCGUGUUCUCCCUCCAAAGGAUGAGGACAGCCCGCCAAGAUUGGUGGUGCGAGACCUCUCCAUGAACGGGACUGGUCUGAAACAUGGUGACAAGCCAGCUGUUCAGACUAAGAAGGAGAAGGAUGUGCAGCUGUAUCAUGGUGCACAGAUCCUGGUUCCGAUGCAGCUGAAACAGAAUCAGGCUCCAACCGACAGGGCCUGGUUAAAGGUGGAUUUUGAUGAUCCAGACCGUGGGGCCGCGAGACAGUCGGAUGAUGCGCAGGCAGAUGCAGAUGCCGGCGGCGGGCCGGCUCCAAGAAAAAAGUCCGGUGGGAAGGAGGAGAAUGGCGACAAGGAAGGUGACAAGGAGAACGACGAUAGCGAUGAUAAGGAGGAGGACAAGCCAGAUGAUAAGGAGGAGGACGACGAAGACGGUGACGAUGAGGACGGGGAGAAGACCCGGACGCAGUUCGUGGAUUUGUUGAUGAAGGCAAAAGAGAUCUCAGCCGGCACCACUUAUGAGGAUGCCGAAGGUCUUCUGAGUAAGAGGGCAGCCUGGAAGGCUGUGGAUGAGCAGACUCGGAGGGAAUGCUUUGAGAUCUUCGUGGACCACCUUGCCGCGCAUACAGGUAAGAAGAAAAAGAAGAAGGACAAGGCGAAAAAGGGCAAAAAGCGAAAACACAAAGGGACCGAGGAAGAUGUAGCGGAAGAGGAUGAUGAAGAGGAUGCACCACGUCAGGAGCUUAGUCAAUACUGCGUUCACCAUCCGAUGUUGUGCAACUGA